AUGGAGAAUCCAGAAUUUGUUCCGCUAAAUAACUAUGUUGGCUUCGAUUCUAUUACUUCCCAAAUCAACCGCAAAUUGGUCCGCCGUGGAUUUCAAUUCAAUGUUAUGGUAGUGGGUCCUUCAGGAAGCGGAAAGAGUACACUCGUAAACACCUUGUUCUCUGCUCACUUGAUGAACAGCAAAGGACGAGUUGAUAUUCAAACUCCUUAUCGCCAAACUACUGAAAUUAAUGUUACGAGUCAUGCGGUACACGAGAAUCGCGUCCAGUUACAAUUAAAUCUUAUUGAUACUCCCGGUUAUGGCGAUCAAAUCAAUAAUGACAAAUGCUGGGAGCCUAUUGUCAAAUACAUUCGUGACCAACAUUCGUCCUACCUGCGACGUGAAUUAAAUUCUCAUCGUGAAAAGCGCCUUCAAGACACCAGAGUUCAUUGCUGUCUAUUCUUUAUUCGUCCCACAGGUCAUUCCUUACGCCCUAUUGAUAUUGCUGUGCUAAAACGCCUCACUGAACUCGUUAAUGUCGUUCCUGUUAUCGCCAAGUCCGACUCAUUGACUCUUGAAGAGCGAGCUGCUUUCAAACAACAGAUUCGAGAAGAGAUUGCCAAACAUGAUAUUAAAUUGUACCCUUAUGAUAGUGAUGAUAUUGAUGAUGAAGAGCUAAAUCUUAAUGCCGCCGUUCGCAAUCUUAUUCCCUUUGCUGUUGUCGGCUCAGAAAAGGAUAUUGUUGUCGACGGAAAACAUAUUCGUGGGAGACAGAACAGAUGGGGUGUUGUUAAUGUCGAUGAUGAAAACCAUUGUGAAUUUGUUUAUCUUCGUAACUUUCUAAUGCGCACUCAUUUGCAAGACCUUAUAGAAACCACCUCGGUAUAUCACUACGAGAGAUUCCGUUCCAAGCAACUGAGCACCUUAAAGGAACAAUCUUCUAUGGCCUCUAGAAUGGCAAGUCCUAGUCCCAGCUUCCCUGACCAUUUCCAUCCGUCUGCUACUAUCGCAAACUAG